GAUGAAAAAAAAUCAGGAAUUUAUGAGGCUUCCCUGGAGUUAGAAAGUGUUCCAUAAAUUAAUCCUCAGUCGCCAUGGGAAUUUGAUAAAGUGGAUUAGCAAUAUUUAUCGGUCCGCAGUCAAAGUGCAGACCCCCUUUUCUUGUAAAAAAAAUCACCAAAUUGGUUGUGAAAGUGUGUUCCGUUUGAAUUUCACCCUCCAGUGGAUGGAGUUUAUUGGAUUGGGCUUGUAAGACCCAGAAUGGAUGGAGUAAAAAGCUGUGUACCUUUUCGUAAUCACUGCAGCCACCUUUCUUGACCUGUAAAUGACAUUAACAGCUGUCUUUUUUUAUCCCGGGACCUUACACACUGGUCUAUUUAUAAAUCCUUGCACUAAUUUUAUCCCGUACCCAUUCAUGAAUAAAAUAACACCAAACCUUCGCAUGAGUCAGAAAAAAGUCCCUGCACGUGGGCAAAAUUCAUUUCCAUUUUAAUACAAAACAUCAUAGCCAAAAUUAGACCCCAAAAAUUCCCAAAAGAUUACUUUCCAUCUUUGAAAUUGGAAUCUGUCAUUACCCAUAGGCUUCUCUUGUAACAAGUUCCUGAAUUUUACGUGCGUGGUCCUUUCGCAGGAAAUAGUAUUGCCUUCGUUAUAUAUUGGGAGGAGGAGUCGCCUAGCGAGUCAAAACAUUGUUUGCGACCGAACGACCGACCAAGAGGAAGCCAGCAAUCAAGAACAGAGGAAUUGUUUAUCCCGCGGCCUGAAGUUCAGCAGUUGUUGCGGAGACCUCUUUUUGUCGAUUAACAACUUUGUAAAAAAGAAGUCAGUGUUUCAUAAGAUGUGACACAACGUCUUGCGAGAGAACGGCUGUACAAGUGUAAGUGAAGACGUUUGUGUAGCCGGCUGGUGAAGUUGGAAUCGUUAAGGUUCCCCGAUGUUGCGAUGAAGUUUCUGAAUCACGCUACAACCUGACAAUGUACAGGCCGUGAGAGACGUACAUUUAGGCCGCUCUGAGUCUGAGGACGCUUCGUUGUGACUCAUCAACCGAGGAAGGGGAAAGAACAGGUUUGCUUGUGCCCCCAUCCAGCCGGGGAGAGGAAGCCACAAAAUGUGCACGAGCCCCGGCAAUGGGGUUCGGAAACCUCAGCUCAACCGAACCACAGUGAUUGUGAAACUCCGGCAAACUGCAAGUUAACCUCGGGAGCCAUUUUGGAUUUUAAUACACCGCUGUUGUGGAAUACUUGUAUUAGUUUUUCGUCGGGGGAUUUAUAACUUUCAAGACAAUGGGGCAGUCGCCGUCGGAUCUGCAGAGCCGCAACGGUGCGGCGGGUGGGCCGCUGGCCAGACGGACCCAGUCGUUGCGAGGUUCGGUCCAGUAUCGGAACCGUCGGUCCAGCCGUUCCCGUCAGGCCGAGCAAGAGAAGCACCACAGCGUGCACAUCAUCGAAAGCAUUCCAACCGAGAUGUUCCUGAGCAGACAGAGACAAUACAGAGCAUGGCAGCAAUAUGCUCAGAUGGAUCUGCCUCCUGAGAAGGCAAGGCUCCUUCGUCAGUAUGACGACGACAAGAAAUGGGAUCUUAUAUGCGACCAGGAAAAAGUCUCUGCGAAGGAUCCGCCACACACGUACAUCUUACGAAUCAAACGGGUGAUGGAACCGGGGAACACAUCAAAGCGCCAAAGAAAGAAGAUAUUUGACACGUCCACGCAGAACUUACGAGACUUGGAAAUAUCACUACGAACAAAUAGUAUACAAUGGGUACGGGAGUUCCUGAACGAGGAGAAUAAAGGCCUUGACGUACUUGUGGAAUACCUCCAAUGGCUCAACAAGGCCAUGACGUUUGAGGAGCAGCUGGAGACCCUCCCCAAGCCCACCACAUCACGCAGCAUGCGGACUACCAGGCGUAGCUCCAAGCCCGGCGGAUCCCCCAACCACCUGGCCAUCACGCGAGACGACGUCCACGUCUGUAUCAUGUGCUGCAGGGCCAUCAUGAAUUUUCAGUACGGCUUCAACCUUGUGAUUAACCACAACGAGUGCAUCAAUGCAAUAGCACUCAGUCUCAACCACAAGAGCCCAAGAACCAAAGCCUUAGUCUUGGAGCUUUUGGCAGCGGUCUGCCUGGUCAAGGGAGGACACGAGAUAAUCCUGGGUGCCUUCGACAACUUCAAAUUGGAGUGUAGCGAGCGGUAUAGGUUUGAGAACCUGUUUCAGUACUUCCAGAAAUACGAAGACACGAAUAUCGACUUCAUGGUGGCGUGCAUGCAGUUCAUCAACAUCGUUGUACAUUCAGUGGAGGAGAUGAACUUCCGAUCGUAUCUUCAGUUUGAGUUCACCAAGCUGGGACUGGACCGGUACUUGGAGAAACUGAAGAACACGGAGAGUGACCGCCUCCACACCCAGAUCCAGGCCUACCUGGAUAACAUGUUUGACGUCGGCCAGCUGAUGGAGGACUCGGACACUAAGAACCUAGCACUCGAGAGAGUGGGACAGCUAGAAGAGAACCUCUACCAGACGAACGAGCAGCUACGACAACAAGAAGACGCGUCUCUCUCCAGAAUAGCUGAGUUGCAGCUGGAGCUUGCCUCGACCAGUAAAGACCUGGAAUCGCUCAAGACCCAGAAGAGAGAAGCCGAUGUCACGAUCGAGACGUUAAAACGGACGUCGAUAGCCCGAGGGCCGGGGAGCGGUGGCGGGGGCGGGACCGGGGGCGGUGGCCCUGGGGGAGGCGGCCCUGGGGGAGGUGGUGGCCCUGGCGGAGGUGGACCUGGCGGGCCUGGUGGUGGCGGACCUGGUGGCGGAGGAGGCUUCGGACCCGGUGACGGACCCGGUGGGGGAUUCCCCCCACCCCCAGAUGACCUACCCCCACCCCCUCCUCCCCCACCCCCUCCCCCUCCCAGUGCAGUUCCCCCACCCCCUCCCCCACCCCCAAUGUUUGGUGUGCCCCCACCCCCACCCCCUCCUGGAGCACCCCCACCUCCUGGUGGUAUCUUCGGAGCGGCACCCGAUGGCUCUGUGACCAUAAAAGGCAAGAUCCGAACCAAAUAUCGUCUCCCGCUCCUCAACUGGGUCGCCUUCAAGCCCAACCAGAUCGGGGGCACGGUCUUCAGUGAACUCGACGACACCAAAGUCAUGAAGGACAUCAACUUUGAGAAUUUCGAAGAGAUGUUCAAGACUCAGAACCAGUCCGCUGGCAACUUCACAGCCAAGGACGGGCCCAAGAAGUCCCCCUCCAAGAAGAAGCAACAGUCUCUCUUGGAUCCCAACAGACUGCAGAACAUCUCCAUCAUGAGGCGCAAGAUUGAGCUGACUGUCAAGCAGAUCGUAGAGGCUAUCAAAAAGUUGGAUCUGAACCUGUUGGAACUGGACACCGUAGAGCAACUCCAGCGAUUCUUGCCCAAUGACGGCGAGGUCAAAGUCUUCAAACAGUACGAAAAAGACAAGAAACCUAUCGAGCAACUGACAGAAGAAGAUAGGCUGAUGAUCAGCUUGUCCAAAGUGGAGAGACUGUCCGACCGUCUUGCCAUCAUGAGUUUCAUGGGCAACUUUGACGACACGAUUAAGGCCAUCAAACCACAACUGAAUGCCAUAACGUCGGCCUCACUCACUAUCAAGACCUCCGCCCGGCUCAAGAAGAUCUUGGAGAUUGUCUUAGCGUUUGGCAACUACUUGAACAGCGCUAAGCGAGGAGCAGCCUAUGGGUUCAAGCUGCAGAGUCUGGACACGUUACUGGAUACCAAGUCCACUGACCGGUCUAUGACCCUACUGCACUACAUCGUGGAGACGGUUCAUCAAAAGUUCCCCGGUACGUCAGAUUUUUGCUUGGAUCUACAGUACGUUGAAAAGGCAGCUGCAGUUUCGUUGGAGAACCUGGUGAUAGAUAUCAGGCAGUUGACGUCGGGCAUCCAGCUCAGCAAGCGAGAGUUUGCCCAGCAGCACGACAACUCGAUCCUGAGAGAUUUCCUCCUGGCAAAUGAAGACAAAGUCAAGAAGGUCGACAGCGACAUGAAGAAAGCAGAGGAGGCCUACAAUGAAGCGGUCGGUUACUACGGCGAAAAACCCAAGAUGUGCCCGCCCAGCACGUUCUUCUCCCUCUUCCAGCGUUUUGUCAACGCUUACAAGAAAGCAGAAGCAGAUAACGAGCAUCGGAAAAAGCAAAAGGAGGCUGCUUUGGAGACAGCCGCAAACAUUGAGGCGGCA